AACGCCCACGCCCACCCCAACCGCGAGCCCAACAUCUUCUGGACCACAGUCGCACUCUACGUGCUCAUCGUAUUCUUGAUCAUCGCAAUCCAAGUGAUCAACUAUUGUUGCUGUUGCUGCAGUGGUGGUGGUGGUGAUGAUGUUGUUGGUGACAAAACAGGGGUGUAUGGAUCGAUGAAUCCCUUGCAAGUGGCUGCGUUACGAAGUAGACUAGGAAAUAUGCAGCUGAUGUGUCGCAUUGCUUACCUCGCAGUCCUGGUACUCGCGGUGGCCUUCCUGGCAGCCUGCAUCAUCCUCAUAUUCGUCUACUUCAGCAGCAUCGGUGUGCUCAUGAGCUACCUGGAAGCCCACAACGGGAGCGCAGAGGAGACGAGUUCCAUCCAAAACGGACUGCAGGCACUCACAACACACGUGACGCAGUUCUUGAACACAGGCAUCGAGUCUGGCCGCACGCUCACCAAUGCAUCUCUCACCGAUUUCUUGCAGCAGACGAAUGCAAGAAUUGCAUCUGGACUCUCCGGAACGAUUGACGACCUGCUGGUUUACUUGAACGUGGCGAAUGUUUUGACAAAAGGGAACGAAACUGUGCGGGCGGUAAAAACGUUCUCAGUCUACGUGGCUGGUGCAAGCACAGCGAUCAACACCUUGAAGACUAGCUUAUCUACUCUUUGCAAGAAGAUGAAUGAAGCCCAUGAUGCAUUUAUGAAAGCUUUCGCUACCAUUAAGGACUGUGACAAAGUUGACAAAUGCAAAGUCUUGAAAACAGCUACCGGAAUUCUACACUGUCCAAUUGAUCUCGAUGCAAUCGACAUAAGUAUAACGAAUAAAUUUGCCGGAGAACUGAACCGAACUGCAUCAGAUUUGGGAACAAAUUUGAUAGAAGUCGACAAAGCAAUCAAGGAAAUAAAAUCGACUGCAGCCCAAAUGAUUGGCUCGAUCGAGGAAAGACUUGACCUCAAAACGGUGCUCGAUUCGAUCAACAAGUUUUGGAAUGACACCAGUGCACAGGUUGGUGGUAUGACCAAGAAUCUGGAAGACAUCUCCACCACUGUAGACAGUGGAAUUGCAAAAUACUCGAAAACCAUUCGAAUCGGCUUGGACGUAAUCGGAGUGACCUUUAUUGCCAUGGUGACAAUCGCAGCCCUCAUUGCUGCGCGUCUUCUUUACCGCGCUUUUCGAGAUCGACUCUAUUCCGGCGCUGACACCGUUCUCACAUAUACACCUGGCAAUAAAUGGGACAAAAUUGUCUGUGGAAAGGGAUCAGUCUGCUGCUGUUCGGUGAUUUUCAUUCCAAUCCUGCUCAUCUUCGCCGCCAUAAUUGCAGUUCUGCUAUUUGCUUUGACGUCGGUAUCAGGCGAAGCCUGCAUCUACGUUACACGGGAAACAGGUGUGAACAAGACCGACUUCGUGGUGGACGGAUUGUUGGCUCGGCGUUGGUCGUCACUUGUCGGUGGGUCGAUUGGAGGAGCCAACGACUUCCUCGACAUUCCACCUCCCAAGCACGUGCUCCAUGCCCUCACCCACACCUGUCGUGGCAGCACAAAGCAGUCACCCAGAAGUGGCCUUCUCUCUGCCGUGGGGUACACCAAUCUGGUGGAUGUCUCGAAAUUGGUCAAAAGCCCACAAGUGCAGGAGGGAAUUGCCGAAGGAAAGAGGUUCGUUCCUCAUACCCUUUCCACGUGCAGAAUAAUCUUUCCAAUGAUAGCACUCAUCAACUCGACGGACUUUAGUUUUCUGGAUCCUGCACCAAUCGAACAGCUUAUUUCCCUGCUAGAGUCUUUUUCUAGCAACCAAACCACAAAAAGUGACUUUCAUAGUGGAAUCGCCUCCCUAAAAGAAGUUGUCAUUCUAAUAAGGAAUCUCCAACCGCAAAUGCAAACCACGCGCGGACAUCUUCUAAACGUUGACCACCACAAAAACGACAUUCUGCCUCCUGUUGAGGGACUAGUUGAGGCUUUUAAAAUAACCAUUGAUGCUGCUGGUGAGGAAUCCAAGUUGCUAGGCAAAGUCGAAACUGAGUAUGACAAGGUUACCACAGAGUUGCUCGACUUCAUGGAGAAGGACGGUGGUGUAGUAUUCUCCCAGCUCACCCGUGACCUCUUCCCCUGUGAGGAGGCCUACCAAGCAGUCAAUGUGGCACUGGCUGUGUCCUGUGGUGACGAGGGCGCCCUCAAUCGAUUCAUCGGUGUGGUCUACGUCCUGGCACUCACCGUCCUCUUCAUCUGCUUCUUCUACUUCUCCCUCUUCAACCUCGCCUUCAUGCAGGCCAUCCAAAUUUAUCGAUUAUCGGCCAUGAAACUUAACGAGAUCACUUUCAACUUCGCAGACGACGCGGGCGAUGACAAAGAUCGCAUAUUUACUAAUUAA